GAUUGGCUGCAGCGGGUCACGGAGCACAACGUGGCUUGAUUGGCUGGGUCGGAUCAUGUGGGAUGGAAGCCGAUGGUGGCGGUGGGAGACACAUAAACAUGGAGGCCAUCUUUCACGAGAGGCAAGAAGGUUCUCUGUGUGCCCAGCACUGUUUGAAUAACUUACUGCAAGGGGAGUAUUUCAGUCCUGUGGAACUGUCUUCUAUUGCACAGCAGUUAGAUGAAGAAGAGAGAAUAAGAAUGGCAGAAGGUGGAGUUUCUAGUGAAGAAUAUAGAAUAUUUUUACAGCAGCCUUCAGGAAACAUGGAUGAUAGUGGUUUCUUCUCAAUUCAAGUUAUAAGCAAUGCCUUGAAAGUUUGGGGUUUAGAACUAAUCCUCUUCAACAGCCCAGAGUAUCAGAGGCUCGGGAUCGAUCCUAUAAAUGAAAGAUCUUUUAUUUGUAACUAUAAAGAACACUGGUUUACAGUUCGAAAAUUAGGGAAACAGUGGUUCAACUUGAACUCUCUCUUGACUGGUCCAGAACUAAUAUCUGAUACUUACCUUGCACUUUUUCUGGCCCAACUACAACAGGAAGGUUAUUCAAUAUUUGUUGUAAAAGGUGACUUACCUGAUUGUGAAGCUGAUCAAUUACUGCAAAUGAUUCGAGUGCAACAAAUGCAAAGGCCAAAAUUAAUUGGGGAAGAGACACUGCAAUCAAGAGAUCAGAGAGUGCAAAAAACAGACUUAGAACAAGCACUAGAUGUUAACCAGUCCUUUGAUAAUACCAAUAUGUUAGAUGAAGAUGAAGAAAAUUUCCAAAAAGCACUUGCACUCAGCAGACAGGAAAUAGAUAUGGAGGAUGAAGAAGCAGAUCUCCGGAGGGCUAUUCAACUUAGUAUGCAAGGAGAACAUCGAAGUGGCUUCUCAGAUUGUUGCACACAGAACAUUCCACACUCAUCUGCAACAGGCCAAACUGAAUCUCUCCCAUCAGAAGAAUUGCGGCGUCGAAGACAGGCCUAUUUUGAAAAACAGCAGCAGCUGCAAAAGCAAGUUCAGAUUCCACAAUUCCAUGGUGAAGCAGCUACAAAUUCACACACACUAGUUAAUGACACAGGAGGUGAUUUGAGUGAAAAUGAUAUGCUUCAAGCCGCUAUGAAUAUGUCCUUGGAAACUGUUACAAACAGCUUGAAUACACAGGAAAAGAAAUGACAAAUAUUUAUAUUUAUUCUAAUCUGAACGCAACAUUCUGUAUUAAUUCUGUGUGGGUGGCAUAAAGGUAGGGUUCAUUUCAUUGAUGUACCAAAUCAAGAUACAGUGUGAGAUUUCGGACUGAGGAUCAGAAUUAAAAAAACAAUUUGGUUACUAUACAACAAAAUCUCAUUAGUUUAUGGUAAUACCGUUGACCUUCUGGGUAACUUCUAUUCAGUCAGAAGAACAGUGAGAAAAGGGGUAUUUAAUAUACAAUAAAAUCUCAUCCAAUAUUUUUCUGAUCCAUAGAUGUUCAGGUUGAGUUUAUGAUAUCUGCAGAUCUUUGUAUUUGGAGCAGCUCUCUCAGUUGUGAUGGCUUGUUCUUAGAGGAUGUAUUCUUAACAGGAAGAUCAAGCAUCACCUGAUUAUAAAGCAAGGCUUUGGAACUUUGCUAAAUAAGAUUAUGUGAAAUCUAAAAAUUUGUAGUUUCACAUAUAUGCUCAAAGGGGUUCUAAAUAUCAUGUUUACAGUGCACUUCCAAGAUUCCAGAUUAACAGACUGAAUAUAAUACAAAUGUCCUUUCAUUUUUUAGAGAUAUUUGAAUUACACACAUGAAUCAGUACAUCAGCUUAAUUUCAGAAUUUAAUCAGUUAACAACAUUUUGAUUAAGAAUAGCAAGAGAUUUGCAGGCCAUCAAACCUAUUUUGGAAGACUGUGCUAGAGUAUUAAAGAUCAUCAUCAUAAAAUGGAACAUCCUGCUUUUAUUUUCCUGCUCCUCCAGAUCUGCCUCCACGCAUUCCAAUCUUCCAAGGCUGAUUUAAUGGGCACACAGGAGGAACUCUCUCCAAUAGCAGACUCAAGACUUAUUUCUUCCUUGUUUUGCUCCAAAAAUGCCUUUAGUAUUUUUUUAACUAAAUGUUGGGCCAAUACUGGCUAUGAUGCACUGAACUAGUAUAUAUAUUCAGCCAACACCUAGAAUCUGAUUAACUGAAGUCAAAAGUGUUGGAUAUAGUUGAUAAAUGUUAUAAUUCUUAUUCCAGUUGGUAUUAAUAUUUUAUCUUCUGUAAGAUAUUUCUGUAAGUAUUAAUACUAUCAAGCUGGACAUAAGUUACCUUCUACUGAAUCAGCUUAUUGAUCCAUUUAGGUUAGAAUUAUCUACUCUGGCAGUGAUUCUCCAGUCUCAAGCAAGAAUCUGCUCUCUGAAUUGCUUUUAAUGGAGGAUAAUUAGAAUUGAACCCGGAAUUUCUAUAUGUGUAUCAUGUGCUCUGUCAUUGAGCUAUAGCCUUUCCAAGAUUCCAUAUUAAUUUUGAAGUGAAGUUAAAAGAGAUUUUGAUGCCGUGAUUUCAGUGCCAUAUUAAUAUACAUUAGUAACAUCUGAAAUGAACCUUGCACAGUUACUUAUGUGUUAAAAUGGAUAUACACAAAUGUGUAUGAAUAUGUAUUUUAUCAGAUGUUAAUGUUUUCUUGUAACAGAUUUGCAGCUUUUCAUGAAUGGUCUUCAUUCAUGCACUUUACUGUUUAUUCUGUUUCUAUUACCAAGGGAAACUGGGAAGCAAAUUCUGUAAACUAGUUAUAUUCUGACAGACAAAUGUUACAUAACAAAUAUUGCAGGAUAACUGAAGUUGGCAAAAAAUGCUUUAAGCGCACAUUCUGUUUUCAUAUACAUAUUAAGGCUAUAGUUUUGGAUACAAAUGAUAUACUCAUUAAACCUAUGGAUACUUGCCAGAUAUACAAAAAAAUCUUGUGAAAUUGAUUAGGUUUUGCAAAUUAUUUUAAAAUCAUAUUCCGCCAUGUUGAUGUGUCAUUCUUUGCUACUGAAUGAUUAGUAAAUGUACACAGAUUAUGGUACUAUAAAAAUAACUAUUAAAAUUGAUUUUGAUAAUAUCUGCUUACAAAAAUUAUUUAAGUAGGUAGUUAAAUAUGAAAGCCAAAUGCCUCUUAUUUUCAUGUUUCGUAUGCUGUUGAUUUCUGGGAAGCUAUUACAGAAAUACAAGGAGGACAGUUUGGUCCAGGGAUAAAUGCUAUAAAAGUGUAUCUAGCUUUGCCAGUCAGUAAACUGAAUAUAGCUAUUUUAGAUCUGCCUAAUUUA